GCCACGUGACUUUACACCGGUUAGCCUGAAUCGGUAAACAUUCUCCGGACUCGACACUGUCAUAACACUGUUGUUGGUGUGGCCACCCGGGAAACGGAACAUCUGCUGGGUAGAAGCGAUGUAAGGCAAAACUUGGAGCUUUACAAGUUUACUAUAUAGGGCUACAACUGGUGCAACGACCCACGAGCCGAACCUGAGUGCUUGGUCUGUAGAGUCUUUGUUCCAGGGUGAACUAGGAUGCGCCAGCUAAGAGGAAUAUGAAGACAAAUGUGGAUGGAUGCAUGAUGCUCUUAAGUUUUCAUUAACAGCAUUUAAUCCCUCUCUGGUCCGAUUCUUGCUCUCCCUUUCUCAAUUUCUGACAUAUUGUCUUAGGACACUAUGGUUAGGUAACCUGAUUUCAGACUCAGUUCCUUCCUCUCUCUGGCUGUCACCUGACUGGUGGUUGGCAUGGCUCUACAAAAUGGAUACUCAAUUAACUCCUCAGCACUGGAUGGCAGUGGAGAGAAGACACCCCUCCUUAAAGAAGACGUGGUGGAUGUGGAUGACUCAGUACCUCCACAAUGCUGCUCGGCACGCUACAAUCUGGCCAUCUUGAUGUUCUUUGGAUUUGCCGUCGUCUACGGUCUCCGUGUCAAUCUAAGUGUCGCAAUGGUCGUAAUGGUGAACGGGACCAAUGUCCAACCAUUUGUCAACAAUUCUGGUGGCCAUGAGUGCCCAGUGCCUUCUCACGGGUUUGACAACGUUAGCCAAACUGGAGACCAACCAGACGGGGUACCUCAGUACUCUUGGGACAGUCCGACUCAGGGCCUGCUGCUGGGGGCGUUCUUCUUUGGCUACCUAGUAACUCAGAUCCCUGGGGGGUACUUGUCCGGACACUUCGGAGGGACUAUCUUCUUGGGGGGAGGAGUGCUCGGUACUGCGGCCCUCACACUCCUCACCCCCCUGGCAGCGAAGCUUGGACCCUACUGGCUAUUUAGCUUAAGGGCACUGGAGGGAUUUGGAGAGGGGGUGACGUUUCCGGCCAUGAUGGCCAUGUGGGCCUGCUGGUCCCCCCCCCUAGAGAGGUCUCGCCUCAUCACAUUGUCAGGGGCGGGGGCCAACUUUGGGGCUUUUGUCGCUCUGCCCCUAACCGGCUUUAUCUGUCACAGUCUGGGCUGGCCCGCUGUCUUCUACAUGUGUGGGGGUGCUGGUUGCAUAUGGGCAGUGUUCUGGUUCUUCCUGGUGUCAGACCAGCCCGGCACUCAUCCACGAAUCAGCGAAAGAGAAAGAGAUUACAUCAUCAAAUCAAUAGGAAAAGAGGGGGGUGCCCAUGGCUGGUCAGUGCCCGUGUUACCCAUGAUGCUCUCUGUCCCUCUGUGGGCCACCAUAGUGUCUCAGAUGUGUGCCAACUGGUCUUACUACACUCUGCUCACGUCCCUUCCCACCUACAUGGACACAGUUCUGCACUUUGACCUCCGUCAGAAUGCCUUUCUUUCAGCUCUACCAUAUCUGGGUGCCUGGGGUUUGUCAUUGAUUUCAGGUGUAGUAGCAGACAGCCUCCUGGAGAAGGAGCUGAUGAGUGUCACAGCAGUCCGCAAGCUCUUCACUCUCACAGGUCUCCUGCUGCCCGCAGUGUUCCUGGUUGCUGUGGGCUACUCCGGGUGUAGCGGGGUUUUGGCUGUGACCUUCCUCACCCUCUCGACAACCAUUGGAGGCACCAGUGCGGCCGGGGUCUUCAUCAACCAGAUAGACAUUGCCCCGCGGUAUGCGGGCGUGCUUUUAGGAAUCACCAACACUUUUGGCACCAUCCCAGGGGUACUUGCGCCCAUCGUCACAGGUUACCUCACCCAAGAUCAAACACUGGCAGGCUGGAGAAGUGUGUUCUGUCUGUCAGCUGGGAUAAGCGCUGGAGGAGCUCUCAUCUUCACCCUGUUUGGCAGUGGCAAGGUCCAGAAAUGGGCACUAGCAGAGGAGGAUCAGAUUCAGACUGAGGCACAUGCUGAGAGAGACCUGUUAAUCACAUGACCGACAUACAGACCGACAGACUGACCUAAAGGGAACAGGACGUGUGAGAUAUAAGCUUACCUCAGGUUAACUUUACUCACAAUUGAGUGGUUUUGAAAAGGAUGAGCCAGCACAUUUUUAUAGUCUUUUGUAAAAGCACUUUGUGACAACCGCUGUUGUAAAAAGGGCUUUAUAAAUACAUUUGAUUGAUUGAUUGAUUGAUAGUAGAAUGCAUUGGGACCCUACAUCAAAUAAGAUGUUCAUGCCAGGAACAGGUACUUUUUAAAAUGACCUCUUUAUAUUCCAUAUAGCUUUCUUUAAUACUGUUUACAACUGACUCGGGACAUUGCUGCAUUUGGGGAAGAACAAUGUAACUACACUUUGACUGUACAGUAGAUAUUCUGAAUAUUUGUUUACCAAACCUUAUACUUUUGAAAAUGUGUGGAAAUUCUUAAUGUUUUCAUGUUAAAUGUACAUUAAUCCAAGAAUCGUAUUUUUUUCAUGUUUCUGUCAAGUGGUUAAUAAUAAUAAUAACAACCACUAUAAAUGUAUAUGUUUAAAAAUGGGAUCAUUCU